UGGGGUCAAAUCAACGCUGUUGUGAAACUCCUGAGGGUAUAAAAAGCAGGAGAGUAGCUUUGUAUUCAUAUGCCUGUACUCUUGAAUGAUCACAGCAACUGCAGAGCAAAGCGGCUAUUCAAACAGCAGUAUGACAAACUUAUUUAUCCUGGUGCUGCUCGCUCCGUUUGGGGUGCUGCUGGCUUCUGAACAAAACGAGGUACAGAAACCAGGCGACGAGUCUCCUUGGUUUUGUCAUAAUCUGGACUGCCCAAAAUAUACUUUGGUGAAGAAGUAUGAGACAUUUGAAGUGCGCAGCUAUGAGGCCAGCCGCUGGAUGACCACAGAGGUGGAAGGGAGGUACAUGAAUGCCGUCUCUAAAGGCUUCAUGCGUCUGUUCAGAUACAUUCAAGGAGACAAUGAAGCAGGGCAAAACAUUCCAAUGACGGCACCUGUUGCUGUUGCUGUAUAUCCCACAGCCGACAGCACAGGCAUGGGAAAGAGUCACUCUGUCUCCUUCUUCAUACCCCCAGCGAUUGACCCACCUAAACCAAAGGAUGCUAGAAUUCAUACAUUAAAUGUUCCAGCAGGCACUGUGUAUGUCAGGUCUUUUGGGGGGUUUGCAAUGGGGACGACCGAUGUUGAUCAAGCCAAAGUGCUGGCUGAUGACUUAAAAACCGAGGGCUUGUCCUUUGAUGAAACAAGCUUUGUGGCAGCUGGAUAUGACCCUCCCUUCAGACCCAUCAAUCGACACAAUGAAGUCUGGUACCAUGAAGCCUAGAAGAGUGCCACCCAUCCCUGUGAUAAAGCAAGAGAAUGCAGAAUGUAGAAUGUGACCUUCUGAAAACAAUGGGUCAUCUAGACCUGUUCAUAAUAAUAAAGGACUUCAAGCUAAAUUAUUUUUAGUAUGCCCGUUUUUAAAGCUGUCUUUAACCACUCCUCCAGUUCACACUAACAUAACAGAUUGUUUCUAUCUGUGCUUGGGGAAUCAAGCAUUUGUUUCCCUGAAAUGAUAAUAGAUAUGAUACAUAUUUUAAUAAGCAAGACUGUAAUCCCACAGUUGCAGUGGUAUCCCAAAUUGCAUCUAUUUACUACAAAGGCUGAACAAUUGGAAUAUUUCAUUGUAUAACCACUGCACUUGUUAGACCACCUGCUCAGAAGAGGUGAUGAUUAUCUAUUCUGGGAAACAAGAUAUUCAAUAAGCAAGAGGGGAACAAGACUUUUUAGAUGAGCCAAGGUAGGUCUUUGAAGAAUAUUGUUCAAACAAAUUAAAGAACUUCUAGCUUAGUUGGAAUUUCAAUGCAAAAACAGGAAAUUAGUGGAUGUAAAGCUGUGGAUGCCAUUUCUGACAAACUGCUGUAGCAUUUAGUCCUGGUAUAAAGGCUUGCUCGAGAUUCAUGCAUUGCUUUUUGAGUUUGUUGUAAAAUAGCCUGUAGAAGAUAAACAGUAUGUCUUCCUAUGUAAAGCAAAUGUGCCUUGUAGUGGGUGACAAUGACUGUUGAAUAAAAAAUCUAAGGAGAGAACA